GGUAUUUACCUAUCGCGAUACCACAACUUUCACAGUUUAAAUAGUUUAUGCUGUCACCGGUUUGCAACGGAAUAGAACAUUUUAAUUUGAACUAAUUUCUUAACACUUUAAACGAUUUAUGCCACCCGUACAUACUUAGAACAAUGUUUUGGUGACUGUAAUGAAUAAAGUGAGGGAAAAAUGCUGAGAUGGACUGUUCAUCUUGAAGGUGGUCCAAGACGUGUUAACCAUGCAGCCGUGGCCAUUGGCGAGCGCAUCUACAGUUUUGGUGGAUACUGCACUGGUGAAGACUACGAGACAAGACUGCCAAUAGAUGUUCAUGUACUAGAUACCAUCUCACUACGCUGGAAGUUACUUCCCUUACCAUGUAGAAGGCAUCGCCCUCAUGUAUUAUCAAGAGAUUCACAGAUACCAUAUCAAAGGUAUGGACAUACUGCAGUGGCCUACGGGGAUUUUGCAUAUAUUUGGGGAGGCAGGAACGACACUGAUGGCGCUUGCAAUGUUCUAUUUGUGUUUAAUACAGUUUUACGAAUAUGGGGUACAGUAGAUACAAGUGGACCUAUACCAGGGGCUAGAGAUGGCCAUUCUGCUUGUGUUAUACAGAAGAAAAUGUACAUAUAUGGUGGAUAUGAAGAAGGGAUUGACAGAUUUUCUGAUGAUGUCUACUCAUUCGAGUUUGACACUAAGACAUGGACAUAUCUCCGGACAAAGGGUACACCAGCAAGAUGGCGGGAUUUCCAUACAGCAGUCGGUGUUGAUAGAUUUAUGUACGUAUUUGGUGGAAGAAGUGAUCUGGGUGGUAAUAUGUUUACAAACAUGGAGUAUUACUGCAAUAAUAUACAAGGGUUUGAUACAGCCACUAACAGAUGGUUCCAGCCAUUAACUCACGGUAUCAUUCCAACAGGGAGAAGGAGUCAUUCUAUGUUCACACAUAAAAAGUGCAUUUAUAUAUUUGGUGGUUACAAUGGACAGCAUGACCUACAUUUCAAGGACAUCUUUAAAUUUGAUACAAAAACAAAUAAGUGGUCACUAGUGUCUGUGAAAGGAACAGGUCCCUGUGCUAGAAGACGUCAAUGUUGUUGUAAAAUUGGGACAAAAGUUUACCUCUUUGGUGGUACAAGUCCCAUUAGUCAAGAAGAACCGGACGCAGAGGAUGCUGAGAUUCCACUGAUGGAUCUGUCUGAUUUACAUGUCCUUGAUCUACAACCAUCCCUGAAAACCCUCGCUAAGUUAGCUGUACUAGAGUAUAAACUUGACACGUCAUGUUUACCUAGAGAUAUCAGAUGGGAGAUGGCUGCAAUGACAACACCCAAUGUGAUAAGUCGACCUUUGAACUCAAAUGGAUAAUAUGCAAUAUUUGUGUUACCAUGCUUUCUUUUAAUAACUGAAUUAUAUGUUCAGACAAAAACAGUUUUGAAUCAACCUUAGCAAAUAUUUUGAUUUAAGCAAAAAGCUUAAUUUUUGUACACUUUCAUUAAAUUUUUCAUUUUAUCAAAUUUUCUUUUUAUAGACAAAAUUUUUUCAUUUAUUUUAAAUGGUUUUGAGAACUGUUACCGGGUACUUUUAUAAUUUAGUGUUGUUUAACCCUUGCUUAUACUUAAUGCAUUGAAUGUUUAGGAUUUUGCUAUAUUAAAGUGAAAUAAGAAAAGUAUCAAAAUAUAUUUUGCCAACUUCAUAAGAACAGUUUAUUUGACUGUGAUAAUUAGUCUCUUAUUUGAAAUGACAUUGAUGAUAUAUGCAGUUUUUUUCACAUUUAAACGUUUUUCUCGUGUAUACAUGUUUGUGAUAUCACAAUUGUAUAAUUUAAACAUAUUUUAUGGAUAUAACGUGAAUAUAUGAUCUGAAUUACGUAAGAUCUA